CAAAGCUCGCAUUUGCAAUGUCAAGCUAAUUCAUACACACAGCACUCUGGUCCAUCACGCUUACCACUGAAGGCUCGCGCGGAAGUCUCCAUCAGUUACAGUUCUUUCGGGGUUGCAGACACUGGACAAGUCCGAGUAGCAAAUACGCGUAUUUACUUGAUCUAUUAGGAUAGAAAUGCUAUCGCGCGGCGUGGGCUGGCUCGCGCGGACAGGCUCGGUGCAGCACCUGGGCGAGCAAGCGUCGUGCAUGGUUCUUGGAUCAUCAGUGCUGCGCUCGUUCUCUGCUCAGCCUCAGCCAAGCACCAGUGGCUCUGCUGAUGUCGCAGUUGGGAGCCCCAAGGUGCAGAAGCUGGCGGAGGAGAUCAUGGGCCUUACAGUACUAGAAUGCAGCAUGCUUUCAGAGAUUCUUAGAAAGAAGCUGGGCGUGCAGCAGCCCGCCUUUAGCAUGGGCGCGAUGCCUUUCGCUGCUGCGCCAGCUGCGCCCGCGGCAGCGCCCGCAGCGGCAGCAGCCCCAGAGAAGAAGGAGGAGAAGAAGGAGAAGACAGAGUUUGACGUCAAGCUGGAGUCCUUCAGCGCUGAGGGGAAAAUCAAGGUCAUCAAGGAAAUUCGUGCGCUCACUACCCUGGGCCUAAAGGAGGCCAAGGAGCUGGUGGAGAAGGCGCCGGUGGUCAUCAAGGUGGGCGUGUCCAAGGCGGACGCGGAGGCCAUGAAGAAGCAGCUCGAAACAGCUGGCGGCAAGGUCUCGUACGAGUAACUGGACCAGUGCGGACACAGGGCGUGGCGCACAGGGCUUGUGGCCUCCACGCUGGAACCUGUUUUGUCGUGCGGGCCGUGGCCUGCGUUUGUACGCGCAUUCUCGUGCGGGCGCUGGUCAGGGUUAGAUUGUCAGAAGCCGGAGGAUGAGGGGCCGGUGCCAGAAAGCGCGACUCUCUUCCGCUCUUUUUGGAGGGUGUCUUAAGCGUGUGUGUGUGUGGUUGCUGGGCAGGAUAUGGAGCUGAUGUGGUAGCAGCAGAGCCGGACGUGGCGUGCAGGCGGGCCCAGGCGGUCCGUCGCGCGUUGUUAUGCGCCUGUCGAGUACGGUUCAGCGCCCGCUUGUACCGGAAGCGGAAAGGUUUAGGGUAGGUCAGGCCGUGCAGAGCAGACAAGGAAGGAGACCGGAGGCACAGGCGCAGACAGCUUGUCAGUGGAUGCAGUAGAAGCUGCAUGGAGCGCACAGAUGGCAAACAGGAGACCUUGCGCAGUUCAGCUAGGGGCUGCAAAAGAUUGGAGCAGGUAAUCAUCUACCAGGAGUGUGUGUACCCUGUGGCCGCACCAACGCCGGUCCUGUACUGUAAUGGUGAUUGCAA